AUGGCAGAGAUAAAUCCUUCAUUCGAAGAGGUUCAGAAGAUCCUGCUGAAAGCCAGCUCAGGAUCAUGUCCUCCCAACCUGAUCCCACUGUGCGCUCAGGUGCCAGCAGACCUACUCAACCCGACCCAAGCCUACCUCAAGAUUUCGAAAGGCGCUAAACUAUCGUUCCUCUACGAGAGCGCGGCCACAAGUGGUACAAUAGGAAGGUAUAGCUUCGUGGGCGCAAAUCCCCUCGAGGUGUUUCAAUCAGGGCCUGACCAUGGUUUGGCUGCGGAUCCUCUACCACGACUCGAAAAGGAGCUGUCAAAAUACAGAGUCGCGACGGUUCCGUCAUUAAAGCUACCUCCACUCACUGGUGGUGUAAUUGGCUAUGUGGGCUAUGACUGUGUCAAGUAUUUCGAGCCCAAGACGGCGCGACCUAUGAAGGAUGUUCUGAAGCUACCUGAAAGUUUCUUUAUGCUUUAUGACAUGAUCGUGGCUUUCGACCACUUCUUCAAUGUUUGCAAGAUCAUUACUUAUGUAAGGGUGCCACAGGACAACUCCUCAUUACAGUCCGCCUAUCAAAAAGCCAGCCAAAAGAUUGAACAUGUAAUUCAAACACUGUUAGACGACCAUAUCCCGAUACCAGAGCAAGGACCCAUAGCGAAAGAUCAACCCUCGAAAUCUAAUAUUGGUCAGCACGGUUACGAAGCGCAUGUUACAAAACUGAAAGAGCACGUAUGUCGUGGGGACAUUAUCCAGGCCGUCCCUUCACAUAGAAUUUCCAGGCCCACAUCGUUACAUCCAUUCAACAUAUAUCGGCAGCUCCGGACCGUCAAUCCAUCUCCGUACCUUUUCUACAUCGACUGUGAGGAUUUUUGUAUUAUUGGUGCCUCGCCCGAAUUGCUGGUGAAAGAGGAAGCAGGACGAAUUAUUACACAUCCUAUUGCUGGCACAGUCAAGCGGGGACAAGAUCCAGAAGAAGACGACAGACUUGCAGAGGAGUUGAGGAGUAGCUUGAAGGAUAGAGCCGAACAUGUUAUGUUAGUCGAUUUGGCAAGGAACGAUAUCAACAGAGUAUGCGACCCAUUGUCAACAACAGUUGACAGGCUUAUGGUGGUUGAAAGGUUCAGUCACGUCCAGCAUCUGGUGAGUCAGGUAUCAGGCAUAUUAAGACCUGGCGAGACUCGUUGGACUGCUUUCAGGAGUAUCUUCCCAGCUGGCACGGUGUCCGGUGCACCAAAGAUCAAAGCUAUGGAAUUGAUAGCAGAACUCGAGCAGGAGAAGCGAGGAGUAUAUGCUGGAGCUGUAGGCUAUUUUGGCUUUUCACAUGUUGCUGUCGAUGGAUCUUCAGUCGUGGAUGAAGGUGCAAUGGAUACAUGCAUAGCGUUACGGACGAUGGUUUACAAGGAUGGUGUUGCUUACCUGCAAGCAGGUGGUGGAAUUGUCUUUGACAGUGUGGAAUAUGACGAAUGGAUAGAGACGAUGAAUAAGUUAGGUGCUAACAUAAGGACGAUAGAAUCAGCGGAACAGAGAUAUGCUGCAUUGGUAGGGUCCGUAUCGCAUUGUACAACGGCUAGCAGAUAG